GCUACCACAACCACAAAACUCGUGUCACUCCUACUCCUACCCAACCUGAAGAAAAGUGACAAUGUUCGUGACUCAACUAAACACCAACGUACGGUCCCGCACAAGCUUCUCUGCUCUGCCACUCCCCACGCAUCAUCACAAGGUACAAAUACGGCGAAACUAUCGCAAAGCCCCACGAUGCAAGCAGCUGCUGCACGCCCGCGCACCGAAUAGCAGCAGCAGACGAUCGACCACAACAAUGUCGUCCGGCGCCGGCGACGACGAGGUCGUGCUGCACGACUUCUCCCCGCUGCUCCUGGUCUACAAGAGCGGCCGCCUCGAGCGGCCCCUGGCCAUGCCGCCCGUCCCGCCGGGCCACGACGCGUCCACGGGCGUCCUGUCCAGGGACGUCUCGCUCUCCCCUUCCUCCUUCGCGCGCCUCUACCUCCCGCCCUGUGCCGGCGCCACCGCGGGCGGCAAGAAGCUCCCGAUCCUCGUGUACUUCCACGGCGGCGGGUACGUGAUCGGGUCGGCCGCGUCGGGCGCGUACCACCGCUGCCUCAACGACCUCGCCGCGGCGUGCCCCGCCGUGGCCGUCUCCGUCGACUACCGCCUGGCCCCGGAGCACCCGCUCCCGGCCGCCUACGACGACUCCGUCGCGGCGCUCACCUGGGUGCUCUCCGCGGCCGAUCCAUGGCUCGCGGACCACGGCGACCCCGCCCGACUCUUCCUCGCGGGCGACAGCGCCGGGGGAAACAUCUGCCACCACCUCGCCAUGCACCGGGACUUCACCUCAAAGCUUAUCAAGGGCAUCGUCCUGAUCCACCCGUGGUUCUGGGGCAAGGAGCCGAUCGCGGGCGAGGAGGCCCGGCAGCGGGACGAGAAGGGGCUGUGGGAGUUCGUGUGCCCCGGCGCGGCGGACGGCGCGGACGACCCGCGGAUGAACCCGACGGCGCCGGGCGCGCCGGGGCUGGAGACGCUGGCGUGCGAGAAGGUGCUGGUGUGCGUGGCCGAAGGGGACUUCCUCCGGUGGCGCGGGAGGGCGUACGCGGAGGCGGCGGCGCGGGCGAGGGGGCCUGACAGGGCCGUGGAGCUGUUCGAGUCCGAGGGCGUCGGCCACGUGUUCUACCUGUACGAGCCCGCGGCGGAGAAGGCCGCCGAGCUGCUCGGGAAGAUCGCGGCGUUCGUCAGAGCGGAGUGAUCAAUCCGUGGAGACGAGUAAUAAAACGAUGAUUCGAAAAGCGUUGGCUCUCCAGCGCAAAAAAAAAAAAAAGCGUUGGCUCUGUCUUUUGUCGUUUGAGGUUUGAUUAAGAAAGGGACGAACGAGAUUUGAACAACGUUUUUAGCUGAAA